AGAGGAGUUUGUUAGAAGUUGAUGCGCAUGCUCUGCAGAAAGAAAAAUUCAUGCGUUCUAACGUCGGCUACGGUGGAGGUCAUAGACAGAUCUGACAAAACAGUAGGGCUGCAGACAUGGCGAAACUAUUUGAAUCCAUCGGGAAGUUGGGGCUGGCACUCGCUGUUGGUGGAGGUGUUGUGAACUCAGCCCUCUUCAAUGUUGAUGCAGGUCAUCGGGCAGUUAUAUUCGACAGGUUCCGGGGAGUGCAAGAUGCCGUAGUUGGCGAGGGAACUCACUUCCUCAUUCCCUGGGUACAGAAGCCUAUCAUCUUUGACUGCCGUUCUCGUCCACGCAACGUGCCUGUCAUCACAGGCAGCAAAGAUCUGCAGAAUGUAAACAUCACACUGCGUAUCCUCUUCCGGCCGGUGACUAGCCAGCUCCCACGCAUCUUCACCAGCAUCGGCGAGGACUACGACGAGAGGGUACUGCCAUCCAUCACCACAGAGGUCCUCAAGUCCGUGGUGGCCCGGUUUGAUGCCGGUGAGCUCAUCACCCAGAGAGAGCUGGUGUCUCGGCAGGUCAGUGAUGACCUGACAGAAAGAGCCAACACCUUCGGCCUGAUCCUGGAUGACGUCUCACUGACACACUUGACGUUCGGUAAGGAGUUCACAGAGGCUGUUGAGAUGAAGCAGGUGGCUCAGCAGGAGGCCGAGCGGGCCAGGUUCGUUGUGGAGAAGGCCGAGCAACAGAAACAGGCAGCCAUCAUCUCAGCGGAGGGUGACUCCCAGGCCGCCCUGCUUAUCGCUAACUCCCUGCAGGAGGCUGGAGACGGCCUGGUAGAGCUGCGUAAGCUCGAGGCUGCCGAGGACAUCGCCUUCCAGCUGUCCCGCUCCCGCAAUGUCACCUACCUGCCCGCCGGCCAGGGCACACUCCUCCAGCUGCCCCAGUGAGACCCACACACCCUGACCUAAUCACCCCUCCCUGUGACCAGCCAAUGGAUGGGCCAUGGAGGGGGAGGGGGAGGAGAGGGUGAAGGGAUGGGGGUCCUCCACCUUCACACAAUCUCCUCUCACUUCCACUAACUAUGGACUGGUGAAAUAAUGGCGGCUUGGGAGUGUGGAAAGGUCCAUGAUAGGGUUCUGAAGUAUGGGCAGUGUGUGGGGAAGAGGAGGGAGCCUGAGGCUUGAUCUAUGGUAAACUACAUAUAGUAAGUUCUGUUAAAAAUACAAAAUUGGUGAUGCAGUAAAUUAUCUUGGAUUUGUCUGACAAAUUCAGGGCAGUGACUGUGAGGGGCUUGUGAUAUGAAGAAGUUGUAAUUAUGUUAAUUUAGGGAAAGAGCUGUUUGGAAUGUCAUGAAAAAGAUGGAACAUUUUAGCACUAUUGUAACCACCACCGCAAUCACAAUCCUGGGCAUUUAUUGAUCUGAGAGGACAAGCUAUUUAAUCAACUGCAUUUACAUUAAUCUUAGCCAAGCACAAACUUCCAUGGGUGAAUAAGAUACUGCUGCUAUACACCAAAGUAGUUUGGGAUCCAAAGCACCCUUGUUUUUCCACUCAUAACUUUAAAUUACCUCGUACAAACAAAUUAUCUGAACUAAUCUACCCAGAGCCAUAUAUUCUGAAUAUAUGACUCUGAAUCAACCCAUCCCUUUGACUGAGUCUAUUGUGCAGAGAUGGCCUGUCAAAUGUCCUCUCACAGCUGGCUUUCCUAAAAUCAUCCCAGUUUGAUUGCCAUAGAGUCCCAGCACUGCACUCCCCCUACUUGAUUGCAAGGUUGGAUCCUCUACAGAAUCAUCUUUGGUUUACUAGCACGUUGUCCACACCACCCCAUCUAUGGUCCUCAAUGACAUGUCCCUCCUAGCCCAGUGGUAUGAAACGUGCCUGUCAGAUGGUCAUGGGUAGCAACCUUCCCUCAUUCUUUAAAGUUUGUCGCCGUGUCUUUAUUUUGGUGGGAGGAUGUGCAAGCCCCCGCAUUCCACUCAAUGUCUCAACUUAACAAUAAAAUUGUCUUAUUUCUA